AUGCUGCUCCGAGGGCGGCCCCGGACGCUGGGGGCCGCUGUGCUGUUGUUACUGCUGCUGCUGCUGCUACUGCUACUGGUCGGAUUCCACCUGUUUGGCGGGGACCUGGAUUGUGAGCGCAGCGAGCUGGGACGGUGAGUGGGGAUCCCCGGGUCCCUGUCCUGUCGGCUGACGCCACGUGUUCCCCCAGACGAGCGACUGCGGGAGUCUGCUGCGCUCGAUCGAGACCUGCCGAGGGACCACAACUGCUCAACAAGCGUCCCGCUGCGGUCCUUGCAACCCAAGUGCGAGCUCCUACACGUGGCCAUCGUGUGUGCAGGAUUUAACUCCAGCCGAGAUGUGGUCACGUUGGUGAAGUCCAUACUCUUCUACAGGAAAAACCCACUGCAUCUCCACCUGGUGACUGAUGACGUGGCCAGAAACAUCCUGGAGACCCUCUUCAACACGUGGAUGGUACCUGCCCUCCUGGUCAGCUACUACAGCUCUGAAGAGUACCAGUUACAUGUCUCCUGGAUCGCCAACACACACUACUCUGGCAUCUAUGGGUUCUUGAAGCUAAUGCUGCCCUACAUCCUGCCUCCGGAUGUAACCCAUGUCAUUGCCCUCGACACAGAUGUCACCUUCACCUCUGAUAUCGCGGAGCUCUGGGCAUUCUUUGCUCACUUUAAUGACAAGCAGAUGAUCGGUCUUGUGGAGAACCAGAGCAACUGGUACCUGGGCAACCUCUGGAAGAACCACAAGCCCUGGCCCGCUUUGGGCCGGGGAUUUAACACAGGUGUCAUCCUCCUGCAACUCGACCAGCUUCGGGAGGUUAGCUGGAAGCAGAUAUGGGAGUUUACAGUCAGGCGGCUGCUCCUCACCCUGUCCGUCACCUCUCUGGCCGACCAGGACGUCUUCAAUGCCAUCAUCAAGGAACGUCCGGAGAUGGUUCUGCUUCUGCCCUGCAUCUGGAAUGUGCAGCUGUCAGACCAUACACUGUCUGAGCAUUGCUACUCCCAGGCCGCUGAUCUCAAGGUGAUCCACUGGAACUCGCCGAAGAAGUUUCGGGUGAAAAGCAAGCAUGUGGAAUUCUUCCGCAACCUCUACCUGACCUUCCUAGAAUAUGACGGGAACUUGCUACGGAGAGAACUCUUUGGGUGCCCCAGCCAGCUCUCACCUCAGGCUGAGCAGCUGCAGCAGGCCCUGGUCCAACUGGACGAGGAAGAUACUUGCUUUGAGUUCCAGAAGCAGCGGCUUGUGGUGCCCCGUGUACACCUCAACUUCAGGCCCUUCCUGAUGUCACGGUCUCUGUAUCAAGAUGUCACCCUGGUGGCCCAGCUCUCCAUAGACCGGAUGCAGAUGCUGGAAUCUCUGUGCAACCACUGGUCGGGCCCCAUGAGCCUGGCCUUGUAUGUGACAGACGCAGAGGCCCAGCAGUUCCUGCGUUUUGUGGAGACCUCGCCGGUGCUCUCUGCUCGGUACAACGUAGCCUACCAUAUGGUGUACCGUGAGGGUCCCCUCUAUCCUGUCAACCAUCUCCGCAACGUGGCUUUAACCCAGGUCGUCACAUCCCACGUCUUCCUCAGUGACAUCGACUUCCUGCCUGUCACCUCCCUCUACGACUACCUCAGGGCCUUCAUCAAGCAGUCGGAACUGCCCAACCAGCGGAAGGUGGCUCUGGUGGUCCCGGCUUUCGAGAGCCUGCACUACCGCCUCAACUUCCCCACUUCCAAGGCGGAAGUGCUGGCCUUGUUGGAUGCUGGCACUCUCUACCCUUUCAGGUAUGAUGUGUGGCCCCAGGGUCAUGCGCCCACCGACUAUGUCCGCUGGCGGGAGGCUCAGGCCCCGUACCGAGUGCAGUGGGCAGCCGACUACGAGCCGUAUGUGGUAGUGUCCCAUGACUGUCCCCUCUAUGACAUUCGCUUUGUGGGCUUUGGCUGGAACAAGGUGGCCCACAUUGUGGAGCUGGAUGCACAGGAAUAUGAGUUCCUGGUGUUGCCCGAAGCCUUCAUUAUCCACAUGCCCCAUGCACCAAGCCUGGACCUCUCCCACUUCCGCUCCCGCCCCGCCUACCGGGACUGCCUGCAAGCCCUCAAGGAGGAGUUCCACCAGGACUUGUCCCGCCAGUAUGGGGCUGGGGCCCUCAAGUACCUCACUGCCCUGCGGCAGCCCCAAGCGUCCACGCUGCCAGUGACCUGA